GUGGGCCCUGCUGAGCCUGUAUGUAUUUAUUUUAUUAUUUUUACUUUAUUCAGUACUUGUGCUGAUAUCAGUCUUUUUUAAGAUCUAUUUUAAUUCAAUGGCUUGAGUCCUUCUACCUCUUUCCUGGGAUGCUGUUAUUGUGAAAAUCUAAUAUCCGGUGCGUUUUCCGGGUGUAGCCAUAAAAUUGUUGCAUCGUGCAUCGUUCUCGUCCCUUCAUUGGUCAAGCAGGCUGUCCGUCAAAUCUCGACGUUAUGUCACGGCCCAUUCAAUCGUAACGUUGACUCGGGAGUUACUGUCAACACAGAAACAUGGCUGCCUUUUCGGCGAGCCACAAGGCAAGGAACGGGGAUAGCAACGCCAAAGACAACCCUGGUUGUCAUGAGGAGCUCGUGUCGCAGUCUCGAGAGAUAAUAAAACCUUCUAUACUGGAGCUAACCAAAGAAGUGAGGACCAACAUCCUGUGCACCGUUGAAGGAUGUGGCAAGAUCCUUCCCAACACACCUGCAUUGAACAUGCAUCUUGUAAAGUCGCACAGAGUGAAGGAUGGUAUAGUCAACCCCACCGUGAGAAAGGACAUGAAGGCAUCAAAAAAGCUUUACUGCUGCCCCAUUGAAGGCUGUCCCAGGGGGCCCGGAAGACCCUUCUCCCAAUUUUCCCUGGUGAAACAACACUUUAUGAAGAUGCACGCAGAGAAGAAACACAAGUGCUCCAAAUGCAACAAUGGCUACAGCACCGAGUGGGACCUCAAGAGACACGCGGAGGACUGCGGAAAGACUUACCAGUGUACGUGUGGCUGCCCGUAUGCCAGCCGAGCUGCACUUUUGUCACACAUCUUCAGGACGGGACACGAGAUUCCUACGGAGCACAGAAUUCCACCCGUAAAAAAGCGAAAAUUGGAGAAACUCUCCACCGGUUCUGAAAAGGUUAAGAUCACCGAUUGUGUGAUUAUUCCCUCUACUCACGAGCUCAUCGAGGAUUCUGCAUCUUCUGAUGUCAUCCAAAGUCCAGACUCUGCCAGUCAGCCGCCCGGUGGCCACAAGAGCCUCCAGAAGCAGCUUCUACCUAAACCCAACAUGGCAUUGGUCAGUGUGCCCGUAAUGCAGCUGGCCCACCUCCCUGUCCUCCUUCCAUCUACAGAAAGCGGCACACUUAGGUCCGUGGUGCUGGCGGUCAACAGCCAAGGCUCCGUUAGCACCCUUCACCUUCUGCCACAGGCCUCCGGAGCUGCGGUACCCCAGCUGGAUGCUAAGAGCUUAGGUUUCCAGGAUAGCAUGCCUACUUCUCGCUCUUGCCUGGGGCCCAUCAGCACAGGGGUGCAAGUUGGACUCGACAGUCUGGUGACACAUGACUCGGGCAGCAUCCUGAGAGCGCAGCGAGGGAGGAGCACCUCGACCAACAUUCAGACCGACAAGUCCUACUUAUCCAAACUACCUAUGGGGGUUGUGGAGGGGAUCGGAUUGUGUUCUGUGGGGGAGUCCUCGAUGUCAUCCUGCUCCCAGACUGACAUCAGUGUGAGUGCCCAGGUCCUCCUGCCAGUCAGUGUUCAAACCCAGACGUUCAACAGCCGGGUUCGACCCACCUCCUCUAUCGGCGCUCAGACUGAUAGCCAAUCCUCGAACCAAAGUAUUUGCCCCUCCUUUUCCUCAACCGCGGCAUUAAGCAAAACUAGGCAGACGCAGACCUGCUUCACCAUUCCGCAAUCCAACGACAAGGCUCAGGAUCAGGUCCUCAUGUGCCCUGACCUUUUCAGCAGCGAUGCGCUCAGUGUUUCCACCCAGACGGCGCUGCACGUAGACGAGAAUCUGGCAGCCGCAGGAAGCAGCUUAUAUGAGGCCGCAAAGGUAGCCGAAGGCCUGUGUUUCGGGGCUCAGACGGAUUUGCUGACCUCCAACAACGUGGCAGACAACCAAACCCAAACCAUGACUUUGUUACAUGACCUGGAACACAUUCUCUCUGACAGCAUGUCAGGCCAUCAGGUGCUGACCACCACCGCCUCCGCAGCUGGCUGCGGGUCGAACCUGGGUCCUGUUCAGGAGCACCACGGCGCCAUUGACUUUGACUUUGAAGAGUUUCUCAGCUCCGUACACAUUCAGACACAGACAGAGGAAAGCGAUCUGGGGGGCCUGCACAGUGACACGCCCUUGGAGUCCUUAGACAUCCAAACCCAGACCGAUUUCUUCCUGAUGGAUGACCUGGACGAAAGCGAUGGACCAAGUCGAAGCCAAGCCAGUGACUUGGAGCUCUUCGAUACUCAGACUCAGACUGACCUCAACUUCCUUCUAAGCGCCGGAAGCAACAUGCCACUGAGUAGCAUUCUGCGCCAUCCAAGCUUUUCGAUGAGCACAGAGUCCUCCGACACAGAAACGCAGACUGACCUGCAUUCAUUUGCUCCCUGCCUCCCUGUUCAAUCACUUGUCGGUCAGGGGGAGCAGGGAAGGCUUUCGAACAGCACUGAGACGCAGACCAGCCAGGCGGAAGGCUUCGGGCACCUCUUCCUCACGAGCAUCGAAACACAAACCGUCGUGGACGACUUCUUGUCGGCCGACUUGUUGUGGAACAUGGAUUCCCAUUUCAGCUCGGUGGAAACGCAGACGUGCCAGGAGCUCUGCUCUCUCUUUCAGCAGCCCGAGAAACCAAACAGUUGAGGUUAUUCUGUAUGACGCUGCCUGAUCUUUGCGACACGCUUCCUGUGUUUGCCGCUAUCGUUGGAAUAAGGAUGUGCUCCAGUGGCGCAGCAAUGAAGGUGGAUGAAGGCUGGAAAUGCCUUUGAAUCAUUCCGCUAUGGUCAUCUUGUCAAAAAAGCGUUUCCGGGUCAAUAUCUGAUUGCUCUGUGCACUUUAUUCGCUCGACAGGCAGGAUGCUUCAGCUUCUGAUGGUUGGCUAUUUAUUUGCACAUACGUGUAACAAUAUGUCUUGUCUGAAACGCUAUUUCUUACUUCACUAUUAGCCUGUGUCAUGUUUUUUGGGUGUUUGUCCUGUAUCCCGCAGAUUAAAACCUAGCACAAAAGUUUUACGUCUGCAGAUGAUAAAAAUAGCUGAAUUAAUAGCAUUGACUGGAUUAAAAAAAACAACAACAAAUGAAAUAACCUCUAGAGUUAACAGUGCAGUUGUCUUACAUGUGUUUAAAAUGUGCAUGAGCAGUAAAUCUUAACAUAUUCCGCAUUUAACGGCUGGUUAGUCAAUCAAAACAAGUGUUACAUCGAUUUGAAACCUCAAUCAAAACCUCUUUUGAGAACAAAAAAAAAAAAUACAUCAGUUGCACAAGAAAAAAAAAUAAUGUCAUUAAUUGGAGCACACCUUUUGAUCGAAAGAAUGUGUGGUCCUUUGAAUGGAAAAUGUCAUACUAGCCUGUCUUUCUCUUGACUUUUGCUUGGUGUAAAUGUACACGCUGACAAAUCAUCACUUUGGAUCGACCGCAUCCGAUUACUGCACAGAAACACAGCUGAUGAACAUUAGCUACUAGUUCGGCACAAAUUUCAUGCAUGUUUUGUUCUGUUUUAAGAGAAUUAUCCAUUCCGUUCAUUUAAUCCUGAAUUACUGAGGGGUUUUUUUUGUUUGUUUUUUUAGUCUUUAAAAACCUGCUGAAUUAGUUUUUCUGGAUUGCACCGAGCCUCAAAUUGCCGAGGCACACCAAGCAGCUAAAGCUCUAUGUGGGGAACAGAGAGCGAUUACAUUUAAUUCAUUUGACCUGUUUGGUGCCUUAACCUGAAGUAUUAAAUAGGUGUGAGUGUGAGCGCGGAUGGUUGUUCGUGUCUUGUGUGCCCUGCGAUUGGUUGACAACCGGUUCAGGGUGUCCCCCGCCUACUGCCUGAAGACUGCUGGAAUAGGCUCCAGCACGCCACGCAACCCUUGUGAGGAUAAAGCGUUUCAGAAAAUGGAUGGAUUAUUUUUCUGUUCUGUUACUCUUAGCGCAAAUAAACGUUUUGGAAACAUCAACGCUUUGGAAAGAUCAAUAUAAGAUCAUAAUAGUUGCAUGGUUAUAUAUUUUUUUAUGGUUGCAUGCUGUUCCUCGCAGUUUCUGUUCAAAGACUUGUGUCACUUGAAAAUACAGUGUUACGCUUCACUGAAAACAGUUUUUGAUGCCGUCCUUAUUUACAUGGUGGCAGAGGCGGUCUAUUUUCUUCUAAAUAUUUUGGCAAAGGUGUAAUGUGUUCAUCAUUCUGAACAGGUUUAAGUACAACAUUCUGUUACUCAGUACUCAGUUUGUGUUUCUUGGAGAAUCUGAAGAAUAGUUCUCCUGAUCUUUUGCUUCAUGUAGAUGCCUUUUUCUCAAUUACAAAGCAUUUCUUUUGUUAGAUUGCAUGUCUUUUCAACGCACAAAAUGCUUUCCGUUUAGUGUAGCCAGAAUUAUAUGUUGCCUUGAUUAAAUGUCGCGCAUUGAUGACAGAUGUUCCUAAUAAACUGCUGGAACCUUAA